AUGGAAGAAUCAGAACAAGCUCUCAUCAACAAGUUACAAGAAAUUAAAGAAUUAUUUCCAAAAAUCCCACCUAAAAGUAUUAAAGAAAUAAUUAACUUAUGUUUUUCUUGUAAAAAUCCAUCACGUGUAAUCUUUAGAAUUGAAGAAUACACCCGAGCUGUUUGGCCUUCUUACAGAACAUUUGUAGUUCAUCUUAUUGAUUCAUUAUGUGAUAUUACCCUUUCAAAAAAUCCAGUUCUGACUGAAUAUUUUAAAUUCAAUUUUUCGUUUAGACUUAUAGAAAUAUUGACAUUAGUUGCUCUUUGUCGUGAUGAACAAAAAAAGUCUGUCCUUUUAAUCAUUUCUAAAUGGAAAAACAACCACACGUUUGACAUUAGUUUAUGUGAAGAACUUGAGUCUUUCUUUUAUUCUACAAUGCAUUCUUUACAACAAAAAGAAAACAAAUCAAUUCUAGAUGAAGGAAAUAAUAACGUACCACAAAUUCAACAAAACUAUUCAACAGAUACAUUAUUUGAACAUAGAGAACUCUCUGAACAACAAAAACAAAUCAAACCAAGACAUAGUAGAAGUCGUUCAAGGAGUUUUUCCUAUCAUAGUCAAGAUUCAUUUAAUUUUCAACGAUCUUAUUCAAACAGCCCAAAGAGAAGGUCUUCACCAAGACAACUUUAUUAUUCUCAAAGCAGAGACUCUUCAAAAAGUAUUGCUUCAAGAAGGCUUUCUCCACAACACUCCCCAUGCUAUUCACCACCACAAAAGAGAUUAACACAGACAUUCCAACGGUUCGGAAGAGAUUCAACACCUUUUUGUUCAAGAAAUGAAAGAAAAUACUCACCACCAAGAAGUACAUCAAGACACUGUAAUAGAAUUAGAGGAAGAUACAGCUUUUCUAGUAGAAAGAAUUAUUUAAAUGACUCAAAAAUACCACAAAAAGACAGUUAUCUUACAAUACCUUCUAAUAACAUAACUCUAAACUCACCAACGAAUAAAGGAAACAAAGUUUUAGGAAAUAAUAGAAAUAACAAAUUUAAUCCAAAAGAAAGUCAAGAGGUUCAUCGUUUUGAAAGAAUGACUGAUGAAGAACAAGCUGAACUCAUUUUAAAAAGAAGAAAAAAAUUAUCUCUGACAGUUGUUUCAUCUACACCCACUGAUGGAGAUUCGAUAAGAUUAAAACCACAUAACCAACCACUAAACUGUCAGAACACAACACAAAAAAUUAAUGUAUACACUAAUAACCUGAUUGGUAAUACUACCCAACCUAAAUUAAAUCAAACAUUAAAAGAAACAAUAAAACUAAUCAAAACCAAUGUGAUAGUCUUUUGUGAUAUUCCAGUUGCUUGGAAGACCCAAGGAGAUGUAUUAAAUUAUAUCGAACAUGCUAAAGUAAGUUCAAUAGAAAUUAUUUUAGAACAUAAAUGUUGUACUAUUUCAUUUAUUAAUCAUGAAGAUGCUUUAAAAUGGAAGGUUAGAGGUGGAAAUCAACAUAUGAAGACACUUUGGGGAAAAGAGGUUUGGAUGAAGACAAGUGUUUUAAGAGAUGACGGUAUAGUAGAAGUACCUUUAUCAAUGAUACCAAAAAAUGUAACAAUAAUGGAAAAUGGAACGUACAAAAGUAAUUGA